AGGGAGCCUCCCAGUGGCUGCUUACUCUGCUUCUCUUCCCCAACUGUGACAGUACUGAUACUUGGACAUCUAGACCAUGGACCCUGGGGAAUGUUCCUGCAUGUCUGGAGGAAUAUGCAUCUGUGGAGACAACUGCAAAUGUACAACCUGCAGCUGUAAAACAUGUCGGAAAAGCUGCUGCCCCUGCUGCCCUCCAGGCUGUGCCAAGUGUGCCCGAGGCUGUAUCUGCAAAGGGGGAUCAGACAAGUGCAGCUGCUGCCCCUGAAAACUCAUCCACUAUGCUGGAGAAGAGUGUGUACAGUGCUUUAGUCGAGAAGUUGGGGGUGAUUGUACAAUAGGCUGUGCUUUUUAUAUAUGUACCCAAAUAUGGUGUCAGUGACAUCCAAGUAAAGUGUUUGGAGCAAUAAAAUUUUCACUCGUG